AUGGCUACCCUUGUUUUCUACACUUGUAUUUACAUCCCUUACUCACAAGCUAAACAAGCUCUUCUUAGCAUCCUAGGGUUUUUCUUUUGCCUACAUCAACACACCCUAGAGUGCUCGGACCGUUCACCGGGUGUUGAUUCUAUGGAGACAUGCUCAAUUGAUCUUCCAAUGAGCCAAUAUAGAGAUUUGAAGAUCAAUGGUUGUACUAGUGAAGUGAUCAUAGAUGGAGAUUGCGACGAUGAAGCAUGUUCGGUUUGUUUGGUUGAGUUUGAGAGUGAAGAUUUUGUGAGCAAGCUUUCUAAAUGUGGCCAUGUUUUUCAUAUGGCAUGCAUUGAGAAAUGGGUAGAAAGGAACCAAUUUACAUGUCCUCUUUGUAGGUCUUCUUUCUUGAAUGUGCAUGGAAGCAAAUCCCAUGCUACAUGCAAUAGCAUUCUAUCUUGCUUAUGA